AUGUUCCGCAUAGAUUUUGCCAAUGAAGGCUGGAGGGCAUCAAAUUUCCGUGACAAAGUUCCUCAGAUGACUCAGUGGCUUGGUAGGCAGGAGAAAGUAGCUAUGUUUGAAAGCUACCUGAACAACUACAAGAGAGAAGAAGAGAAGCAGGCAGAGCUGGAAGGAGAUAGCAUCCAAAAUAUGGACGGUAUAAAGGCCAAGCCUGGAAAAAAAGGAGAGGAGGGUAGAUUUGAUGCUGUUAUUGUAGCACAUACUGAUGAAGCAGAGGCAACAGGCCUGCAAGGGAUGAAGGUUGGGAGAUUGAGGGUCAUAUUCUCACUCCCAGAUAUCCUUUAUUUUUACAACAUUGCACCUCAUUCAUGGCCCAAAGGCCCUUUGGCUUACGUGGAGUGGUACAAAAUAUCUAGAAAUCCUGGGAAAUUUCAUAAUAUGCAAAUAGUUUUGCGCCUGGUGCUAUUAUUCUACUGGGGAACAUACAUCAAAGUUGUCAUCUGGUUCCUCUUACUGGACCUGAAAGUGUUUGGCCAUCUACUUGGAGGACAGAUAAUUAAAUUUGCAUACCAAACAAUAUGGUAG